AUGCACCCCCACAUCAUCCGGCUGUACGAGGUCAUCGAGACGCCAUCCGACAUAUACGUAGUCAUGGAGUACGUCAGGGGUGGGGAGCUCUUUGAUCACAUAGUGGAGAAGGGGCGCCUGCCAGAGGACGAGGCACGCCACUUCUUCCAGCAGAUCAUUUCCGGGGUGGAGUACUGCCACCGCAACAUGGUGGUGCACAGGGACCUCAAGCCCGAGAACCUCCUCCUAGACAGCAGCAUGGCGGUCAAGAUCGCGGACUUCGGACUGUCCAAUGUUAUGCACGACGGCCACUUCCUCAAGACCUCCUGCGGCAGCCCAAACUACGCCGCGCCAGAGGUGAUCAGCGGCAAGCUCUAUGCGGGCCCCGAGGUUGACGUCUGGUCCUGCGGCGUGAUCCUGUACGCGCUGCUCUGCGGCUCCCUGCCCUUUGAUGACGAAAACAUCCCGAAUCUGUUCAAGAAGAUUAAGGGGGGCGUCUACAACCUGCCGUCACACCUCAGCCCUGGCGCGCGCGACCUGAUACCGCGCAUGCUGCUGGUGGAUCCCCUCAAGCGCAUCACCAUCCCGGAGGUGUCAUGA